AUGACGAAUACGAUAAAAUGCUUGAUUUUGUGGAUUGUAUCUUUCAUUCAAUUUACCUUACCAUGCGAAAUGGGGAAGCUAGUCAUAGUAUUGGCAUUGUGUGCGGUGCAAUAUAGAUUCGUUCGUGGUGAUGAACCAGAACGAUGCAGCUACAUGAUAAAUAUACCGCGCCUGCCUAAACCUGACAACUUGCCAGAUAUAAACAUUGAAGGAAAGGAAUGGCAGGAACGUCCUCUGUUCCCUGCUCCAGAAAGAAAUGACGUCUGCAUGGACGCUUAUUACCCAGCCUCGGAUACAUCCGGGACCCAGAUUAUUUACAUGGACGAAGAAAUAAAAGAGCCUGUCUCAAUAGCCAGACUUAAUUAUCGAGGUACUGCAACACCGACAAUCGUGCAGCCGCUAGUAGCAGGGACUUUUAGCAGACUCGGCCCUAAAAUUGAAAAAGUCGACAAUGUUUGGCAUUUAAUCAUUACUCAACGGCAGGACUUCGAAACUGAUACUAUGAGGACCUACAUGUUUGAGAUAGAAAUUCCGGGUGAGAGGUUCAUAGCCAUUGUGAGGCUCCAAAUUGUCAACAUCGAUGACAACGCGCCGAUCAUACAAGCCUUCGAAACCUGCGUGGUGCCCGAAUUACGUGAGCCAGGACCAACCAGUUGCGUCUAUGAAGUGACAGACGAGGACGGUCGAAUCAGUACCAGCGCCAUGACCUUCGCGAUUACGAGUGACAGAAACGACGACGAAGUCUUCCACGUCAUCGGUGGUGACAUAUCGUCCGAUUGGCGGAAAAUGACGAUGACAAUUGGGCUCAACGUCUCUUUGAAUUACGAGAUGAAUGCGCUACACAUCUUCAGAGUUACCGCUCGGGAUUCUUUACCCAAUGAGCGCACAAUAACAAUGAUGGUACAAGUGGAAAACGUGGAACAUCGUGUGCCACGGUGGGUGGAGAUAUUCGCUGUACAACAGUUCAAUGAGAAGACAGAAAAAAACUUUAGAGUGAGGGCUAUAGAUGGGGACACUGGUAUUAACAAACCUAUUUUCUAUAGGAUAGAAACCAAGCCUGAAGAUGCGGCGUUCUUCGACAUCGAAACUAUAGAAGGUGGCUAUCGAGGCGCGACAUUAAAAGUUAAAUCCAUAGACCGAGAUGCAUUGCAGAGGGAGUUAUUCCCUAUUUCCAUCACAGCUUAUAAGAGUAACAAUGAAAGCUUAUCGACCACAUCUAGCGUUGUUAUCAUUAUUGACGAUGUUAACGACAGCACACCCGAACCAUUGCAAGCGGUGUAUUCAGUUAAGAUUAUGGAGGAAACUGCACAAACCUUAAACUUUGACACGGAGUUUGGUUUUAAUGAUAAGGAUUUGGGUGAAAAUGCUCAAUACACUGUACGUUUGGAAAGUGUACAUCCGGAAGGGGCAGAGCUCGCAUUUUUCGUAGCUCCGUCAGUGGGUUAUCAAAAGCAGACUUUCAUUUUGGGCACUCAAAACCACAGCAUGCUGGAUUACGAAGAUGUCAAAUUUCAGAAGAUUCAACUGAGAGUGAUAGCAACCGAUAUCAAUCGACCCAACCUAUAUGGAGUGGCGACAGUCAAUAUUGAGCUGAUCAACUGGAAUGAUGAAAAGCCAAUCUUCGAAGAAUCUAUAAAAGAAGUCACCUUCGAUGAAACAGAAGGAGAGGGCUUCGUUGUUGGCACUAUGCUGGCCAACGAUAGAGAUAUAAAUGACGAAGUAGUACAUUCUCUUUUAGGCAACGCACAAAACUACCUAAAUAUCAAUAGCUCAACCGGAGAGAUUGUUGUAUCUGCCAAUAAUUCCUUCGACUAUCAGAGACAAAACGAGAUUUAUGUACAGGUCAGCGCAAUUGACACUCUUGGUGAGCCAUUCAACAGGGAGACAGCGCAACUCAUCAUCAAACUCAAUGACAUUAAUAAUACUCCACCUCGGUUGACAUUGCCCCGUAGAAGCCCUCAAGUGGACGAGAACGUUGCAGCAGGCCACGUGAUAACUGAAGAAAUAACAGCCACUGAUCUAGACACCACAGCAGAUCUGAACUUUGAAAUAGAUUGGGAUACUUCGUACGCAACUAAGCAGGGUCGAGCAACACCGGCUACUGAAUAUAGAGAGUGUGUAGAAAUACAAACGAAUUAUCCAGAAGAUCACCGUCGAACGGCGAAUGGAAAAAUCGUCGUGAAGAGUGUUCGUCCUGGAGUCACAAUAGACUACGAAGAGUUUGAAAUGCUGUAUCUAACAAUUAGAGUAAUAGACAGGAACACUACACUCGGAGAUACGUAUGACGAAUCUCUAUUUACCGUUAUAAUAAUAGACAAAAACGACAAUGCCCCGGUCUGGACCGAGAGCACACUGUCUCAGGAGUUCUCCAUUAGAGAAAAUUCCAGAAGUGACGUCGUUGUUGGAUCUGUUCAAGCUAACGAUAUUGACGGACCGCUUUACAACCAAGUUCGUUACACGUUGCGCACGCGCAAUGGCACACCAGAAAAUUUAAUAAAGAUAGAUUUGACAACUGGUCUGCUUUCCGUCGAUAAAGAUGGUGCUAUAGACGCAGAUGAACCACGCGACAACCUAUAUUACACCGUGAUUGCUAGCGACAAAUGUUUGGAGGCGGAAUGUCCACCCGACAUUGAUUACCACGACACCGCUGGGGAGAUAAAAAUAGCAAUUGUAGAUACGAACAAUAAAGUCCCAAGUGCUGAUACCACUAAAUUCAACGUAAAUGUAACAAUUAACGAAAAUGCAGUGAACGGCACGGAAAUCGUUACACUUGCGGCUAUCGAUGCAGACAGAGAUGCAAUAUACAAAACGGUUCGCUACCAGAUUCAAUACGCUGUGAACCCUCGACUUCGCGACUUCUUCGGCGUUGACCUAGAUACAGGUCUUGUCUACGUGCACUAUGCUACUGACCAAGUUCUGGAUAGAGAUGGAGAUGAGCCUGAAUUUCAGAUCUUUUUUACUCUUACUGACAACUUCUACUCUGAAGGAGAUGGCAAUAGAAAUUCAGCGACUGUUAAGAUAAUCGUUACCCUUCUUGAUGAAAACGACAAUGCUCCGGUGCUACCCGAACGAGAUGCUUUAUUCUGGUCUGUUAGUGAAGGUUUGAAGAAGGGUCAAAAACUACCAAGAUUAAUAAACGCUCCAGACCGUGAUGCCCCAAACACACCAAACUCUCGAGUCGGCUACGAAAUAGUCAAUCUUACAUUAUCUAACAGGGAUGUGGAACUGCCUGAUCUCUUUGAAAUGGUAACCUCGUGGAAUGAGGAAUUCAAUAAUAAUGUAGGCGAAAUACAAACCGUUGUUGACUUGAAGGGCUAUUGGGGGACUUAUGCUAUUGGUAUACGGGCCUUCGACCAUGGAGACCCACAACUGGCAUCGGAAGGAAUAUACUCACUCGUAAUCAAUCCUUACAACUUCUACGCUCCCGUGUUUGUGUUUCCCAAAGCUAAUAGCCUCAUACGACUUGCAAGGGAACGAGCUAGUGUAAACGGUGUCCUCGUAACAGUGAGCAAUAGCUUCUUGGACCAAGUACAAGCUACUGACGAAGACGGUCUGGAAGCUGGACGUGUCAAGUUUGAAGUGGUUGGCGAUGACGAAGCUGCUCAAUUUUUCACUAUAUUAGAAGACAGAGAAAACCAAGGAAUACUAACAUUGAAGCAACUCUUCCAAGAGACAGUUAAGGAGUUUGAGAUAACAAUUCGUGCGACGGAUGGUGGCACAGACCCUCAACAACUUUCCACAGAUGUCACUUUUCGGGUUGCCUUUGUACCUACACAGGGGGAUCCCGUAUUUACUAAUCCCGAAACUACUGUUAGCUUUAUCGAAACGGAAGCUGGUUUAUCAGAAAAACACAAUCUCCCACGAGCCGACGAUCCUAAAAACCAUCUUUGCGAGGGCGAUGGCUGUCACCAAAUCUUCUAUAGAAUCAUUGAUGGUAACGAGAACGGUUUCUUCAACCUCGAUGGGACUCAGAACAUCUUACAGCUAGCGAAACCGUUAAAUCGCACUGCAGCUAAUUCCCAUACGAUCAGGGUAUCUGCCAGUAAUUCUGAGAGCGCUGUUACUCCUUUACCAGCCUCCAUUCUGACUGUCAAUAUUGAGGUAAGGGAAGCUAAUCCGAGACCAACUUUCGACCGAGACCUUUAUACUCAAGGCAUUUCGACUAGAGACACCAUCAACAGAGUUAUUUUGACUGUUUUGGCUGUUCACUCUGAGAAUGCAGCUAUAACAUAUACAAUAGACAUGUCAUCAAUGGUCGUGGAUCCAAGUCUUGAAGCUGUAAAGAACUCGGCAUUCCAACUGCAUCCACAGACUGGCGUUCUCACGCUCACUAUACAACCUACGGCUAGCAUGCACGGCAUGUUUGAGUUCAACGUUGUUGCUACUGAUUCCGCCGAUGCAACGGAUACAGCACAAGUCAAAAUCUACUUAAUUUCCUCGCAGAACAGAGUGUUCUUCAUGUUCAUGAACACACUGGAGGAAAUUGAAGGAAGGACGCAGUUUAUUGAAUCUACAUUUAGCUCGUCGUUCGCGAUGACCUGCAACGUGGACCAAGUCAUUCCGGCGACAGAUGACAAUGGUGUCGCUCGCAGUGACGUCACCGAAGUCAGGGCACACUUCAUCCAAGAUAACGUGCCUGUUUCCGUCGAGGUUAUUGAGAAGCUUCGCAGUGACUCGCAGCUGCUAGGGUCAAUCCAGAGGAUUCUGAACACUGAGCGUCUUUACCUUCAAGACUUAGUGACUGGUGACAGUCCAACUGUUAAAGCCAACACCAGUCUAAUCCUGCUGUAUGUACUGGGAAGUCUUGCAGCGAUUUUGACCUUGAUGUGCAUUAUACUGCUGAUCACAUUUAUCGUGAAGACCAGAGCUUUAAAUCGCCAACUUAAAGCGUUGUCCAUGACGAAAUACGGCUCGCAAGAUUCAGGUCUGAACCGCCUGGGCCUCGCCGCCCCUGGAACUAAUAAGCACGCUGCUGAGGGUUCUAACCCAAUUUGGAACGCAGCCAUCCGGGCUCCAGACUUUGAUGCCAUCAGUGAGGAUUCUGGCGAUUCAGACCUAAUCGGCAUCGAAGAUCUUCCACAAUUUCGCACAGAUUACUUCCCGCCGGCGGACACCAAUUCCGCUAGAGGAAUCGUAUUUGGAGACGAGACUGACAAGGUCUCGACACACAACAACAACUUCGGUUUCAACCCUACGCCAUUCAGUGCAGAAUUCGCUAAUAGAAAAUUUGGAAGAUAA